UGAUGAGCUCAGAAUAAAGAGUGAAAUUGUUGCAACAUUAAUUUGAAGCAUACAAAGAAAUGAAUGAAUAAGUAUCUAAUCCUUCUGAAUCUCUGCAACAUUAUAGAAAGUUGAGUACAAUAGAUAAAUAAAAAUACAUUGAAUUAUUCUAUGGUCAAAAUUGGAAAUAUCGAUAGAACUUAUUUGAUAUAGUGAAAGAUAAUUAACAUGUUUUCAAACAUCAUCAUCUUGAGGAAUCUACAAGAGAAGAAUAGAGAUAUCAUUCAUUUUAGGCUAUGAGACAUUUUCAUUAAAAACUUGGUGUGACAUAUGACUUAUUUUUAUCUGAUCCAAAUAUAGUAACAAUAACAUCUGUUGCCAUGUAUAGUUUCGAUCCUGCAGUUUGUGUUAAAUUUGGAGUUCAUUUUUCUUUAUAUACUAAAACCAUUCUUAAUUUAGGAACAGAUAAACAUAAGUAAUACUUUGAAAAUGCAUAAACACUUACAGAUAUUGGUAGUUUUAGUCUUACUGAAUUAGGACAUGGUUCUAAUGUAAGAUAAAUCUAAACUACUGCUAUUUAUGAUAAAGAAACUUAAACUUUCAUUAUUAAUACACCAACAGAUUUAGCAACUAAAUUUUGGAUUGGAGCAACUGCCAAUUUAGCUAAUAUGACUGUUGUAUUUGCUUAACUAUAUAUUGAUGGCAAAUAAUAUGGAGUUCAUGCAUUUUUAGUUGAAAUUAGAGAUAAAUCGAAUCACAAUGUAAAAAGUGGAAUUACUAUUGGAGAUUGUGGUCCAAAAAAUGGAUUAAAUGGAAUAGAUAAUGGUUUUUUGAUUUUCAGAAAUGUCAGAGUACCCCUUGCCAAUAUGUUAGAUAAAUUUGCCACAGUUACACCUUAAGGAGAAUUUAAGAGUAGUAUAGAAGAUCCAGAUAAAAGAUUUGCUGUUUAAUUAGCUUCAUUAUCUGGAGGUAGAAUCAUUUUAACUUAUUAUGGAGCUGUUACAUCAUUAAAUGCACUUACAAUUGGAAUUAGAUAUGCUGCUAUCAGAAAAUAAUUUGGAUUACCUGGAGAAAAAGAAUAAAGCAUUCUUGAAUAUCCUCUCACCUAACUUAGGUUAAUUGUUCCUUUAGCAUCUACGUUAGUUUAUAUGAUUGCUGCUAAAGCUAUUAAUAAUCUAUGGGAUACUACUUAAAAUAAUGUUUUCAAUCCUAAUAAAAUGGCUGAAAUCCAUGCCUUAUCUAGUGUUUUAAAGGGUAAAUUUGCUACUUUUGCUAAUAAAGUUAUUUUAGAAUGUAGACAAAUUUUAGGUGGUCAUGGCUAUCAUUCAUUUAAUAGAUUAGGAGUUAUGUUAUAAGAUUAAGAUAUUAAUAAUACAUGGGAAGGAGAUUCUAAUGUUUUAAUUUAAUAAACUUUGAAAUUCUGUAUGGAUUAAAAAAAUAAGUUUGUCAAUAAUCAAAAACCCAUUUAAUAUCCAUCUCUCAAAUUUCUUGAAACAUUCAAACUUAAAACUAUUAAAUUAUAAAAUGAUGUUGAUUACCUUUGUCCUAAUAAUAUUAAAUAUCUUUUAGAAUACAAAUUCGAUAAAUAAUUAACUGACUUUAUGUUAGAUUUGAAUUCAAACUUAAAUACUAAUGAUAUGUUGAAAUCUUGGAAUCUAUCCUUUGCAUUUAAAGGAUAAUAAAUUUCAAAUUCCUAUGCAGAUUUAUAUUGUUUCUAAUAAUGGUAAUUACUUAAUAUUCAUAAUGAUAAAGUCUUAGAAAAAGCCUUUCAAAUAUGGUCUUUGACAAUAUUAGAAAAUGAUAUUGAACUCUAUAAAAAUAAUGGUAAUUUAUUUUCUUUAUCUUAGAAUUUAACAUUUCUGAUGCAACUGUUAAAAAAUUAUUGAUGAAUUUAAGUAAUCAAUUAAAAGAUGAAGCUAUAGGAAUUAUUGAUGCAUUAGCUCCACCUGAUGAAAUCUUAGGUUCAAUUUUUGGAUCUAGUGAUGGAGACAUUUACAAUAAAUUUAUCUAAAAAAUUUAUAGUGGAAAGAACACUUUCUAAAAAGUACCUUGGUGGGAAUAAAUACAUAACAAAUGA